CCCUCCGGCUCCCUUACGCCCCCACCCCCACCCGCACAUGCCGGUCUCAAACCCCUCCCUCAACUGGGAGCUGCUCGACACCGUCUACUACCGCUCCAGAACGUGCUACGACUCCCUCGACUGGCCCGCCUCGGCGUCCUCCUCGGGCCCCGCCCUCCACAACGUCGACCUCGCAGCCUUCAACGUCGCUGUCGGACCCUUCGCCUCCCUCGUCGCCCUCUACCCGAAGUCCCUCUCCCGCCCCCAGGCCGCCUCGGAAAUCCUCGUUUGCUCCGGCGCAGGCCAGCUCCUCUUCUCCGUCCCGUGGAACUUCGUUCUCAACCCCAUCGCAAGGCUCGGCUGGGCCCCCUCGGGAGAGCUCCUCGUUGUCACCGCCGCAGGCAAGUACAGGGUCUACUACAACUACCAGGGCGACUUCGACGAGUUCGACAUUCUCACAGACCUACUGCAGCUCGACGACACAGACUCCGUCACGGUCCUCAACGCCCUCUUCACCAACACAGGCUUCGCCGUCCAGUCCUCCAACAACCACUUCGCAUACAUCCAGAACCACAGGAAACCCUCCGCGCGUACAGCAGUCCUGUGCUCCCAAUUGGCCACCACCGAACCCAUAGAACCAUACCAUGUCACCACCUGGACACUCACCUCGCCACCUGAAGACUCCCGGAACUCCCUCGCCAAGGCCAAGUUUUAUGUGUUCACCUCCGCAGGACUAUGUGUGCUCACCCCGUCCACACCUGUGCCCUCUUUCACCAACAAACCGCUCCUAACAUCCGUCGCUCACGUCGAUAUAGCCCCAAACAACUCCUUCGCAGCACUAUACUCUUCCUCCUCCUCGACACUGUACAUCCUCGACGGAGAUUUCAACGAUCUGCUUGCCGAGCACAAAUUGGAAAAGCCUCCCCUGCAGAUAUCUUGGUGCUCAAAUGACGUCGUCGUCAUGGCAUACCUGGACUCCAUUUCCGUCGUCGGACCCUCUUCCGACACCUUGGAAUUCUACACCAAUGGCACUCCGCUUCUCAAAGGAGAGCUGGACGGCUUGUACUACCUCACAAACACAGAACUUUGCUUUCUCUCGCGUGUCUUGCAGGUCACCGAGGAUACGUUCCGGAUAGGCUCUACCUCCCCGUCGGCAAUCCUUCUAGAUGCCAUCGACUACCUCGACCGGCACUCUCCCAAGGCCAACGACCAUUUAGAAAUCAUAGACGACCACAUGGUUAUGGCUGUCGAUGGCUGCAUCAGAGCGGCAAGUGAAGAGUUCGACCUUUAUUGGCAAAAGAAUUUGCUUAGGGCAGCCGCCUUUGGUAAAGUUAACCUGGAUUUAUACGACCCCACCGAGUUCGUCCAGACCUGUGAUUAUCUCCGUGUGCUCAACAUCGUGAGGAGCCAGGAGAUUGGCAUGUUUAUGACCCAUGCCCAACUCCAUAGUAUCGGUAUUGAAAAAAUCAUUGACUUGUUACUACUACGGAAAAUGCAUUUUCUAUGCCUUAAAAUAUCAGCGUUUUUGAACUUGCCUAAUUAUAAAAUUCUAACAGACUGGGCUUGUUGUAAACUUAAGCAUUCUUCCGGUUUAGACGUUGACAAUGAUAAGCUUCUAGCUUCAAUCUAUGAAAAACUCAAGUCUUCCAAAAUUGAUUGGACUCACAUAGCCUAUGUCGCAUAUACAGAAGGUCAACAAAAAUUGGCGAGAAACCUGCUCAGUUAUGAACCAAACACAAGUAAAAAGGUCCAAUUUUUACUCGACAUCAACUCAAGUGCUACCGGAGACGAAAUUGAAUAUGCAUUGACAAAGGCCGACGAAGAUGGUGAUGUCGACUCGCUAGUUUUAAUUUUACUUGAAUUGUACGGGUCCUUAUCAAGUGCCGAAUUUUUCAGGGCUAUUGACCAGAAGCCAAGCGCAAUCGGAGUCUUGAAAAGCGUUUUUUGUCAAAUUGAUGAAAAGGGUGGGAUGUUGAAGAAUUUCAUGUUCCAAGAUGACGACAUCAUAGGUAGAUUGAUAAUUGAUAUUGUGUCAGCAGUGAAAUCCAAUAAGCCUAUUGAGUCUACAGAUUUGACUAAGCUUCAAUCGCUUGCAGGCAGGUCGAAACAAACACAAUCCGCUGUCCCCUACAUUAAGUCAGACAUAAAGCUAUUGAAAUUACAGGUUGAACUGCAAGCUAAUUUACACAGCAUUUUACCCGGCGAACCUUUGCUCGACACCUUGCAGAAAAUCAUCAUUGUUGAUUUGAAGCAGGCAAUUACAGUGGCACGGAAAUUCAAUAUUCCACCAAAGCAGCUUACUGGACUAGUGUUGAAAGUUUUAGCUGCAAAAAGCGAUAAGCACACUGAACUUUACGAUUAUGCAACAAUCAAUGGAGGUGGGAAAAUUAUCGGAUUUGAAACAUUCUUUUACGAAUUGGCAAAGCUCGGAGAACGAAGACAAGCUGGUCUCUAUCUGCCCUUUUGCAAAAAGAUGACUAUCAAACAAAAAAUACGAUCCUACAUUUUUUGUGGUAUGUGGAAAGAGGCGGUUGCUGAAGCCGGGAGUAAAAAUGAGGUGGGGCUUCUUAAGUCGAUGGCAGAGAGCCGAACCGGAUGGGAAGCUUCGGUAGCCUCCGAUGAAUUUGAACGUUUGAGUAAGUAAUUAAUAAUGUACAAGUAUCUAUAAAAACUAUCACUAUCGUUAAUAAUUAUCAUCUUCCUCCUCAU